GACACUAUUGUAGUAAGCAUUAUUUACAACGGCAUCAAGCAAUGGAUACCUAAUGAAGGAAACGUCGAACUGAACGGGUAAGCAACUAAAAGGGAAAUAAGGCCUCACAUGUUGACCAUGUUUUUUUAUCGCCAACUAUUUCUGACCAUAAAAGACACGAUGUCUCUGACUGUAAUGUGUUAUACGCUUUAAACCAUGAUCCGUUGCCUCAGCUAAAAAUGAAAGAUAAAAUAUCAUGUAUUAUUGCAGAAUAUUUUGUAGAAAACGUCACUGAAUCUGUCGAUUACAUGCUAUACCUAGUGAAAUCUGCUAUAAUCGUUUCGCCCUUGAUCAUAUGACUCCAAAGUGAUGAAUUAAAAAUAACAAUUGCCUUGCAACCAAUUUGAUUUUUUUAACAUAAUGGAUGUUUAAGACUGGUUCACUUUAUCAAUUUAAACCUAUUUCACUGUUUCUAUUUCUCAUUUAAGGAAAACCUUUGCGAAUCUUGCAAUAGGAAGCAGGGUAAUAUCUAGUACAGUACACCCCACGCCAAUCGGUACCUUCAAAGAAAACGUCACGCUUGUAUUCAGCUCUGAGAAGGUGAGUUCCGUAUUUUUUUUUCUUCUUCUUCUUUUUUUUAUUAUCCGUUGAGAAUUCAACUAUUAAAGAAUAUUAUCUUUUUCCCUCUGUUUGUCUGUUUGUGCAGUACGUUGUGUGUGUGUGUGUGUGUGUGUGUGUGUGUGUGUGUGGGGGUUGAGUUGCUUUUAUUGUUUUGUUGUUGUGUUUUCCAAUCACUAUUGUUGACUCUUGUAACAAUUUGUUUUGAAAUUUUAAGGACAUGAAAGGAAAGGUUAUUCCACGUUGUGUCUUUUGGGAUUUUAAGGCGAGGUAAGUCUAAACACUUUAAGUAAUUUUUAAGGAAAACUGCUGAUUAGUCUUUUGGCAGAAACUGUUGUGGUCAUUCUAUUUCUGAUUACCGCUGUCGUUGUCAAUGUUAUUUCUGAAGAUCCAAGGUUCACGGGUCUUGGUCUAGCACAGGAUGUUCGUUUGUAAAAGAACUCAAUAAGGAAAUCACCUGCACAUGUAAUCAUCUCACAAACUUUGCCAUUCUUAUGCAAGUUGCGGGGAAUAAUGAGGUAAGUUGGUUCGGAACGUUACUUGUUACCAACAUAGACAAGUCUUUGUUUGCAUUUCUUGUCUUAUUAACAUAUGCUCAUCAUUAUAUGAUGAAGCUAAUAGAAUAAAACCUCUGAGGAAUAUUGAAAGAGCAUUUACAGUUUCAGUUAUCUCUGAAAUUUAAACCCGAUAUACCGAAUGGUUUCGUUUAAAUUCUCUUUUUAAAACUCAAAAUUUUACAAAGAAUGUAUGACUCGUUCACUUUUUUUCCACCCAGCAAAUUCGCAGUUUUCGAUGGUCGAUAUUCCCUUCAAUAUUGCUUGUAGAGAGCUGAAUUUGCACAAAUUGCUCAAGUAAAUUAGCUCUUGCAACUUUUGAAUUUAGUUCGUACACGUAUGUACUGCCACGGCUUCUAUGUCGUAUGCUAAUGAGGAAAAACGUAAACAAUGACGUAAGCAAAGAUUCGCCUAUUGAUAAUGAAGAGGAGGCAUCCAAACUACUAUGUCUGACAGUGCACCUUUACUCCGUAAAUUAAUUGUAUCAGGACCCCGGCAUGUGGCACACUUACAUAUGAUUUUGGCUAUUGGUUUGUUACUCAUUAAUAAACUGUAAAGUAAAAGAGCAUUACUUUUUGUCCGAGAAACUCAUUAAAUGAAAGCGUAUUUUAAAUAUUUGAAUUUUCCUGUGUGUACGCAUCACAAAUCCUUAUUUCCACCAGGUUACUCCAGGCCAUAAAAAUGCGUUGGAAGUCAUCACUUACGUUGGUUGUGCCUUGUCGCUACUGGGAGAAGCACUUACAAUUGUUGCAUACUGGACUCUCAUGUGAGUUUUUUAUUCGCAUAUCGUACCAAACAGUAUUUUAGGGAUUUUCAUCAGCUAAAUGACUCUCUUGAAUGAUCGUACAAUAAAGAAUGAUCACUCUGUGGUGACGCCUAAUCUAUAUGAUGGUAAUCACGAAGAACCUAGCAUCAAUAGGCGUAUCUCUCUCUUGCCCCUUGUUUCGAAAGUGUGCGAAAGGGUUGCGCUUAAUCAAAGCUAUCUACUCGGCAAAGUGGUAAUAAGAAAAUUGAAAACUACGGACACCUCCUUAAUACGAACAACUGGCGCUAUCUUAAAGCGACUGACGAGAAGAAAAUUCCCCCUGUUGUCUUACUUAAUAUGAGCAAGGCUCUCGAUACAAUUCUCUCUGAAUCAUGGAAUUUUGCUCAAUAAACUGCUGGAUAUUGGAAUCUCUCCACAUGAUCAAUUUUUGCUUGACAAGUGUGGGCAUAAAUUCUGAGUUGUCUGAUCCUCUACCCGUUUUAUCAGGCGUGCCACAAGGAAGUAUUCUUGGUCCCCUUAAAUUACUCCCUUGAAUGAUAGUAGGUAAGAAUUUCCAUUCGAAAGGAAAACCUUUUAACGCAAAGUUAUACUUCUCAAUCGUAGGAGUCUAAAGGAAGAACAAAUUAAGAUUCGUCUCAACCUUGUUGUUGCCAUAGCAAUCGCCCAAAUUACCUUUCUUGCUGGAAUUGAUGCCUCAGAAACAAAGGUAAGCUUGAUUCAGACUCCCACAUAUGUUGCUAAAGUAAACUUUUUUUUUAUGUUUGACCUCGAUUUUGUCUUGAAUUUCCCCAGGGACUUUGCGUUUUUGUCGCCGGCUUGAUCCAUUAUUUCUACCUAGUAGGAUUUGCUUGGAUGUUAUUUGAGGGUGUUUACCUGUAUCUGAUGGUGGUCAAAGUGUUCAACACAGUGGUCAGGAUGCGCUUGUUCUAUGGAGUGGCUUGGGGUAAGAACUUGAGGCCGAUUUUAUAUUUUAAUUGAUAGGCCGAUAUCAGCUGGGGGGUCUUGAUCGUGCCAAAAUUAUAGGAUAGAACCCUAAAAUACUAGAGAUAAAAAAAUGCUACUGCCGAGUCGUUUUUUUUUGUUUGUUUUUUCUUUAAUAUAUUGUUUAUUAUUAUUUUAUUUUUUCACAUUAACUGUUUUAAUUUCAGAUAUUCAAACACCCUUAAAAUGCUAGUUUUGUGUGUCAGCAACGUUCAAUUGGCCUCUGCUAAGUAAUUUGCUCUUAUCAUGCUCCUUCAUCAAUGAUAUUGUUUCAGGCUGAAUCCCAUAUUUUCUAUAUUAGAAACGUCACCUGACUGCGACAGCUAGCUGCAAAGGCCACCCCUAUUUUGUACUAAGCCCGGUUACAGUAUAGUAGUAUUCAAGAGUGGCCUUUCAGUCAGAUAUUCCCCCCGAUAACUGAAUCUCCUUUUUUAUCGUGUCGCAGGCGUUUCCCUUUUAAUUGUGUUGCUAUCGAUGCUGAUUGCCUUCAAUCAAGAUGGUGGAAUAUAUAGUUACGUUCAUGGUGACUUGUGAGUUAUCAAGAGAAUUGUUUUGACAAGGAAAAUUUUAGUAGCAACAAAAGUGGAUAUUUUGCUCAAUGAUCCUCUCCACGUGAUUUUUAUUAAUAUUAGCCAUAACCUUGUUAUGAAGAAGUAGCCUGAGGUAAAGGCCUUGCCCCAAAUAUAUUAUAGACAAGACACACUCAAAACCCCCUUAACUCAAUUUAUUAUUAUCAUUAUCAUCAUCAUCAUUAUCAUUAUCAUUUUUGUUUUCCAAAAAAAAAACAAAAGAUAUUUAUAAAAAGGAUGAAUAUUCCUCUCAAGGCAACAUCAACAAGAAUUUGAAAUUCCAGAAAACCAGGUGCACGGCAUUACGGAUAUAUUUUACCAGUAAUGUAAGCUUACAGCCUGAUAGCAACCUUUUUUGGCAGUAAAUCGAUCUGUAUUUUUGUAACCCCCUGAUAAUCUCUGAUGACAAGCUAUAACAUUUACAUUUCCUUGGCUUAAAACUUCCCCUUUCAUCUCUAACAGCUGCUGGGUUUCGUUCACCAAUAAUCUCGUUUGGACCUUCGUUACACCUGUUCUUUUGGUUUGUUUGGUAAGUUUGUAAAAAUUAAGAACAGCAAAGUUCUUUCAACGAAAUUCCUUCUUAUCUCAAUAAAGGAUUCAUUUAAUCAUUAAUUUAUUCAAAUUUAAAGUACUUGCUUUUGGCUAAAUCUCCGUGAAGGAUAUGAUAUUGUCGGCUAAGAGUACUAAGCCUGAGCUUUCAAUAAAACAUCCAUUAGGUAAAUGCGGUUAUCCUUGGUCGAGUGGUUAACGAAAUCAUUAAGAUGCAGAGCGGGAAAACGUCGGAACUGGAAAGAAUUCGACAAGGUGCAAAGGCCUCCGUCGUUUUGUUUCCUCUACUGGGACUGACCUGGGUGUUUGGUGUUCUAAGCGUCACAGAUGCUGGACUCGUAUUUCAGUACAUCUUCACCAUCCUCAACUCAUUUCAGGUAUCGCGACCUUCUAGUCACCUUAUUACUUUA